UUUCUUCCCCCGCUGUAGAGACGUUCCUAUGAGACGAAAAGCAUCGUCUCAACAUGUCGUGAAUCCGAUUUGCAGACAGCAAAAUAAAAAAUGGGGGCGAUUUUAAAUAAAGUUCCCAUUCUUUAUGUUUUGUUACUAACUUUAAUGUUUUAUCAUUCUGAUGUUUUGAAGUAUUCGGCUGUGAGCGCACAAGAGGAUGACGAGUCUCAGGAGCUCCGGCUGUCCGAGGACGCGGAGAACCGGCCCCGCUUCGUGGAGUCCGACGACUCGCCGCCCAAGAGGCACUUUAAGACGGCCGAGAUGGCCGACGCCGUGAUGAGAUCUGUGGCCCCCAUCGACCCGUCUGACAUCGAGUCCCUUUUCCCCCAAAACGUGAGGGACCGGCGGGCGGGCUUCACCCCCCCCUCCGAGGAGAGCGGCGCCCAGUGUGAUCCCACAGGAGCGGAGGACGUGAGCGACGAGCCGUCCCAGCAGGUCACUCUGGACAUGGUGCGCGCUGACGUCCCGUCCUCCGAGGAGCGGAACGGCACAGAGGCCACCAAGACCUACAAGGUGACCUGCGACCGGAGGAACAUCACGAAGGUCGACAGCUUCACUGUGCAGGUCCUCAAUGCAUCGCAGGACCUGAUGGAGUUCCUGAAUGCUAACGGCACCGAGUGCUCCGUGGUGCUGUUCUUCACCGCAUGGUGCCAGUUCUCUGCCAGCUUGGCGCCUCACUUCAACGCCCUGCCCCGAGUCUUUCCCAGCAUGCACUUCCUGGCACUGGACGCCUCGCAGCACAGCAGCCUCUCGACCCGGUUCGGCACGGUGGCCGUGCCCAACAUCCUGCUGUUCCAGGGGGCCAAGCCCAUGGCUCGCUUCAACCACACGGAGAGAACGCUGGAGACGCUCACCUCCUUCAUCGGGAACCAGACAGGGUUUGAGAUGGGCCCCGACAGAAACGUGACGGAGACGGACCGCCUGGGCCCCCUCCUCAGCGUCCCGGUGAGGAGCAUCGACUGGCUGCUCGUCUUCUCUGUGCUCUUCAUCGCCGGCUUCACCACGUACGCCAUCCUGCGCACCGACAGCAUCCGCUGGCUCAUCCCGGGACAGGAGCACGAGCACCAGGACUGACAAAGUGUGUGUGUGUGUGUGUGUGUGUGUGUGAGGCUUUGAGAUUCCCAUUAAAAAAAGUUAAUAAUUUGUAGCUUUGGUCUUUUAGGCUCUUGUUUUUAAAUUGUCUAUUCUAUUCGAGGGCAAAGUGCAAAACGUUAUCCAGUGAUGUUAUUUUAUCAAAUAAAUACAAAAUAAAGGAUUCAUCCACCCUGAAAUACAUAAACACCAGUUAAAC